GGAAUCCAUUUCCAUAAACAGGACUCCAGGGAUGUGCUGAGCCAUCAGAGGAGCCCUUAUAUAUCCUAUUUAAUUUUUCCUCUGACUGGGGCUUGCCAGUCUUCCUUGUCCUUUUGCCAAGUGUGUUCUCCCCUCGUUCUCGUGUAUAGGGUGUGAACACAACAAACCGCCAAGAUGUCGGAGAAAAAGAUGACAUCCAGUCGUCGGUACAACUUGAAGAGCUUGCUGCUCUCAAUUGCUGCCAACUUGCUGGAGGCUGAAUCCAAGCAGCUUGUGGUUGAUAAAGAGAAUUACAUGGCUGAACACUGCCCACCCUUAGAUCUGCCUUCAUCUACACAGGAGCUGCAGGAAUUCCUCAAGAAGCUCAACCAGAACAUUGAAAAGAUUGAUGAGGACAGGUAUGACCUGGAGGCCAAGGUUAUCAAGACAGACAAGGAGAUCGAUGACCUGAAGAUUAAAGUUCAGGACCUGAAGGGCAAGUUCAAGAAGCCAGUGCUGAGGAAGGUGCGCAUGUCUGCCGAUCAGAUGCUUCAGGCUCUGCUGGGCUCCAAGCACAAGGUGGAUCUGGAUCUGAGAGCCAACCUGAAACAAGUGAAGAAGGAGGUCAAGGAAGAGACUGCAGAACAAGUUGGUGACUGGCGUAAGAACAUUGAGGAUAAGGCUGGCAUGGACGGCAGAAAGAAGAUGUUUGAGUCCGAGGCUUAAGAUGGCAUUUGUUUUCUGAUUGAACUUAAUUUUUCUCUGGCAGUAGUUCUGUAACCCCCAUUCUGUUCCAAUAAAAGUCCUUUCCCCCAACAUUUUUCACA